AUGUUCAUGUCAUUCCUCAUCGCUCGCUCCUACGUAACACGCGUGUGUUGUGAAGUUUAUCUUGUGUGCGAUAACUACCUUCUAAAACCCAAUAUGUUGAACAAAUGUGAUUACUGCAGCAAAAACAUUACGAAAUCUAAACCGGGCCUAGAAUGCAAUCGCUGCGAAAAACUAGUUCAUCUUAACAAUCAAUGCACUGGACUUACCAAUAAGCAACUGGCUGCACUGAAGGCUUCCGAAAACCUAGAGUGGAAUUGUCAAGACUGCCAAGAAAAGACACCCCGACGUAGCUCAAUAGUGAUUCCUAAUGAUGACGAAGACGACGAACAUUACUCUGAGUCUCCCACUAUACAGAUCGACGUUAAAAAACUGCUGGGUGAUAUAUCUAAAGAGGUAGAAAGAGCCAUAAAAAAGGAAAUGAAAGACCUCACUCAAUCACUCCAAUUUCAAUCAGAUAAAAUGGACGAACUGCUUAAAAACAUAGAAAUUAUGCAAGACAAUAUUUCUAAUCUACAAAAGAAAAACACAGAACUUACCAAUAAAAAUAAUAACCUAGAAACGCGGGUAGGUGCGCUAGAACAGCGCAUUCAAGAAAUAGAACAACAAAGGCUACAUAAAAACAUUGAAAUCCACAAUAUCCCGUACAUUGAAAACGAGAACCUACCAGAAAUUGUAGGUAAAGUGGCAAUAAGGCUUAAUCAAAAUGCAUGCAAUGUUAAGCAAAUGAAACGACUGCCCAGUAAAAAUGAUCGACCAGGACCGGUCAUGAUUGAACUGAAUAGUGAGCAAACACAAUUAGAAUGGCUAGCUGCUUCGAAAUCGAUAAGCCCCAGAAUUACAGCUCAAGAAAUAUGCUCACACCACCACUCUUUAAAUGUAAAUACAGCAAUAUUCAUAUGCGAAGCCCUAACGCAAUACAACAAGCAACUACUGUACUAUGCCAAACAGGAGCUCAAGAACUCAUUUCGGUACAUAUGGAUUAAGAAAGGUGUUCUGCGUGUACGCCGGGCAGGAGAAAGCCAGAAACCAAUUAUAAUACGUUCAGCGGAUGAUGUCAAAAGAGUUAAGCUAAGUACCUCUUAA